AAAAUGUUGAGGUUACGGAUCGUCGUCUUGUUUGUUUUGAGGUAUAUUUUUUUUUUGGUUGUUUUUUAGUUUCUUCAUACUUUUUGUGUUUAACACUGUCUAUUUUCUUUCAUUUUUGUGGAAAAAAUAUAUUAGAUGGGUGCAACAGGUCUCAAUGUUGAUUCUAACAUUGAACUUGAAGAUGACCCAAUUCCCGUUGAAGAAACUCCUCUUGUUGACAAGAGGAAAUCUAAGAAACCCAUAGCGCUGACGUCUCCGUUUAUGGAGUAUGACUCUUCCAUUUCUAGUUCUAAAGAUGGUUCUGGUUAUGGAGUUGUUAAGUAUGUGGCUGGGUUGUGUCCUCUCGAUGAUAAGAUUGGUGAAGAUGUAGAACAUAAACACGAGAUUGAUUUUGACUUGUGGCUUGGUGAAGGACGUCGAUCGAAGAAAGAUCCGUAAGUGUUUAUUUUCAGCAUUUUUGUUGUGUUUUUGUAUUUUUUGUUUUUUACUUUACUAUUUAUGUUUCAUUUUUUUUUUUAAAAUGUUAGGCAUGAUAAGGAGAAGGUUUACUUGAAGGGUAAGGAUAAGAUUGUUCCCCCUUUUCGUUUUGGCGUGGAAGAUGUUGCAACCAAGAUGUGGUUCCACAAGCUUGCAUAUCCUGGCCAAUGUUUGACUAAUUCUCAUCUGGACAUCAUUUUUUACUAUCUACGUAAAAAAGGAAAGUAUGCAAAGGAGCCAAAGGUUAAGUUCACAACCACCGAUUGCUUAUUCUUCAAAACCAUUCAUGCUUUGUAUGAAAAAUUUAUUGCACAGAAAAAAAAUCUUUCUUUGAUAACUGCCCAGCAUGCCAUUGCUGAUUAUAUAAGAGGUAGAAAAAUGUUAUGUGGUUCCCCUUGGCAUUUGUGCGAUCAUGUUUUCUUUAUCAUCCAUAUGGAGACUGAAUCACAUUGGAUUCUUGGUCGAUUGAAUAUUGAGGAAAGGCGUGUGUACAUGUACAACUCCUUGUCGACUGCUAUGAAAGAUAGUGCUGCUAUCAAAGCUUGUCAGCCAUUUGCGGUGUUGUUGCCCCAUUUUUUUGCUUUGUUUGAUGAGUUCAAAAAGGAAAACAAACCGGUUUGUUUAGACCCUUUCGAAGUUGUUAAGGUUGAUGGUUUGCCUCAACAAACCUCGAAGUAAGUUGUUUUUAUUUUUUAUUUUCAAAUGUUUUUAAAAUUUGUAAUGUUAUUUUCCUUUUUUAAGUUUUUCUGCUGUUGUUUUUUGGUUG